GUGGCACGUUUCGUGUGUGUGUAUGGUGUGUAAGGAACCGUAUGCUGCAGGAAGCUUGAGUAAUAGAACAAACGUGGUUCGCCAGUUUUAGAGAAAACACAUUUCAGAGCAAUGGCUGAACCGGUCACUGAGAUGUGCGAUCAGCUAAUUAAAGCUGUUUACGUUAUGAUGGACCCAGAGUCAAGCCAACGAUACCGUCUGGAGGCCCUGAAGUUCUGUGAGGAAUUUAAAGAGAAGUGCCCAUUUUGCGUCCAGUGUGGCCUCCAGCUGUCAGACCAAGCACAGAAUCCGGUCAUAAGGCAUUUUGGUCUUCAGGUUCUGGAGCAUGCCAUCAAGUUUAGAUGGAACGGUAUGUCACAAGAAGAAAAGGUUACUCUUAAAAACUGUGCCAUGGAUCUCUUAUCAAAGGGAACACGUCCUAUUCUAGAGGAGGAAAGUCACAUUAAGGAUGCCUUGUCUCGCAUAGUUGUGGAAAUGAUCAAGAGAGAAUGGCCUCAGAACUGGCCACGCAUGCUGGAAGAAAUGGACGCGCUUACAACUAUGGGAAACACCCAAGCAGAGCUGGUGAUGCUGAUUCUGCUACGACUAGCCGAGGACGUCAUCACUUUUCAGACGCUGCCCACACAGAGGCGGCGUGACAUCCAGCAAACACUCACACAGAACAUGAGCAGCAUCUUCGGAUUCCUGCUGACUGUUCUACAGCACAGUGUGGACAACUACCGUAAACUGAAAGCUGUUGUUGGUGAGGAGGCCAAGGCUAAGGCUCACUGUCGAGUGGGCGUGGCAACUCUGAACACCUUGGCGGGCUACAUUGACUGGGUGCCGCUGCAGCACAUCACCAAUGGCAACUGCCGUCUGCUGGAGGUGCUGUGCCUGCUGCUGGGGGAGCCGGAGCUGCAGCUUGAGGCGGCCGAGUGUUUGCUCAUUGCCAUCAGUAGAAAGGGGAAACUGGAGGAGAGAAAGCCCUUCAUGCUACUGUUUGACGACAUCGCCAUUCACUACAUCCUCUCAGCAGCACAGUCUGCAGAUGGCGCAGCAAUUGGCAAUCAUUGCACUAAAACGAAUGAGGCCCCUGGUCUGGUGGAGAGGCACUACACGUUCUUGAAGAGGCUGUGCCAGGUGCUGUGUGCCAUUGGGAAUCAGCUCUGUACACUUGUGGGUUCUGCUGUAGAAGUCGAAGUACCACGAAAUCUGAACAAGUACCUGGAAGCCUUUCUCGCCUUCACUACCCAUCCCAGUCAGUUUUUGAAAUCAUCUACCCAAGUCACGUGGGGAACUUUCUUUAGGCACGAGGUCCUAUCAAAGGAUAUUGUUGUCGUCCAGGUGGCAAUUAGGUAUUUGAAGGAGACCAGGACAAACCUUGUCAAGACAGGGUUCCCUUCCAAAAACGACAGCCCCAGCUGUGAGUACUCCAGAGGAGACUUUGACAGCGACGAGGAUUUCAACAUCUUCUUUAACUCGUUCAGAGCUCAGCAGGGUGAAGUGGUACGCUUGGCCUGCCGAACUGUUCCUGAGGAGGCCUUCCAGAUCGCCAGUGAAUGGCUGCAGUACCAGCUCAUCACUCCCAUCGACACUGGAAAUGCAACAUCCAAAUUAGGGGAAGGCCUUUGCUCCGUUCUCUCACCUUCCGCAUUGCAGUGGGAUGCCAUGACCUUCUACACUGAGAGUGUGGUCGGUCAGCUCAUCAAAGUUGGGGAGAAAGAGAGACUUUCUCUUGAGAAAGGCAUUGAGCUGCUGCAAAUGGUUCUCUCCUACGAGACUCGGGACCCCCUGAUCCUCUCCUGCAUCCUCACCAACAUCUCCACGCUCUUCCCAUUCGCCACACACCAGCCACAGCUCCUGCCGCAGGUUCUCACUAGGCUGUUUGCAGCCAUUACAUUUGAGGUGGUGGAAGAGAACAAGGCACCCCGCACAAAAGCUGUCAAGAAUGUCAGGAGACAUGCCUGCUCGGCCAUCGUCAAGAUAUGCCGCGACUACCCAGAGUUUGUCCUGCCCUCGUUCAACACACUCUACACGCACGUCAAGAAGCUGUUCUCUAACGAGAUGCUCUUGACCCAAAUGGAGAAGUGUGCUCUGAUGGAGGCCCUGGUGCUCAUCAGCAACCAGUUCAAGGACUACAAUAAGCAGGAGGCCUUCCUCCAGGAGCUCCUCGCUCCAGUCACCACCCACUGGCUGUCAGAGGAGAUCAGAAGUGUGCUGUGGGACCCAGCUAGUUUCCUGACCCACAUCGGUGCCGAUCAAGUGGUGAAUGACCCCUGCACAGAAGAUCAGUUUGGCAUCAAUCGCUCACGAAUCAGUUUCUGCAUCUACACAUUCAUGGGUGUGGUGAAGCGUGCUCGAUGGCCAUCUGAUCCACAAGAAGCGUUCUCAGGUGGUUUUGUGACUGGCCAGACGGUCACUGGAGUCAUCUACAGGAAUCCCUGUUCCACUCAGGUCUUGGCCAUCUUACCCAACCUGCUAGGCCUCAUCAGGACUCUAAACAGUUUGUUCUCGCCAGAAAACGUGGCUCGCCUCAGUGAGACCUUUGCCAGAGUCCAUGAGGUGAUGGAUUCAGAAAAGAAUUUAAUACUUGGUGUGCCAACACCAGUGUUGGAUGUCUAUGACUCGCCAGUGUAUAAGACCUCCCUGGAACGCAUGCAAGGCUUCCUUUGUACUCUUUAUGACAACUGUUUCCAUGUGCUGGGCAACUUGGGUCCCUCUCUUGUUCAGGACUUCUACACGAUUGAUGGUCUUUCCAAUCGCAUCAUCCAGUCUGUUCUCACCAAUCUGGAAAAUGUUCCUGACUUCAGGCUACGACCCUUACUCCGUGUUCUCAUGAAGCAGCUGGUGACGUCGUGUCCACCUGAGUACUAUGAGAGUCUGCUUUGCCCCCUGCUCGGGCCCCUCUUUGCAUACAUGUUACAGAGGCUUACCUUAAGAUGGCAGAUCAUAAACCAACGAACGAAUAAUGCUGAGACAGAGGAGGAGAGUGUGAUCUUGGAGGAGACGCAGGUAACUCAGGAGAUGCUGGAGGAGCAGCUGGUGCGCAUUGUGACCAAAGAGCUCCUGGAUCUGAUCAUUACUGCAUGCAUAUCGAGGAAAGCAGCUGAGCCUGUAAGCAAAGAGGAGAGUGCAGAUAAUGACGGGGAAGAGAUGGCCAUCUACUCAUCCCAGGGCGUCCAGUUGAACUCGGCUAAUGCACCAGAGGAGCUGACUGACCUUGGGAAGUGCUUGCUCAAGCACGAGGAUAUUUACAUAACUAUUCUGACAAUUGCCUUCACGUCCUUGUGUUGGAAAGACACAAGUAUAUGUGUGAAAAGUGCCACUACGGUUUGCUGGACCCUCCUCCGACAGGUGACGGGAGGUAACCUGUUGCCGGAUGCGGUGACCUGGGUCUACAUGAGCGUGCUGAAGGGACUGCAGAUCCACGGGCAGCAUGAGGGAUCCAACGCCACCCUCACACAGCUGGCAUUGCUCAUCUACGACAACCUGAGACCACGCUAUACAGAACUAAAGGGAGUGAUGACUCAGAUCCCCAACAUCCAGCAGGAUGCCUUGGACCAGUUCGACCACAAGAUCCUCAACCCAGGCACCAACAAAGUUGCAGAUAAGAAGAGGCGAGACCAGUUCAAGAAGCUCAUUGCUGGCACUGUUGGGAAACCGUUGGGGCAGCAGUUUAAAAAGGAGGUGCACAUUCGCAAUCUGCCGUCUCUUUUCAAAGUGGCAAAAGCUGAGACACGAAGAGACCUGCUGGACAGCAAUGAGACCAGCGGUCUGGUUGCACUCUUCGACCCACGCCAGGACAGUGUUUGAGGAACCAGCCCCAGGUAUCACUUCCACAGCCACAGCCAAACUCCACAGACCGGACUGACCACCAAACCUUAGUCCUUCCCUGAUGCUUUCAAUGGUCACUUAGACCAGCACCUCCCAAAUGUCCCUCCACCAUCACUAGAACAUUUUUUUGAGUAGUGUCCCACACGGUUUAUUAAAUGAAGACGACGCAAGGCUUGGAUGAAGUCAUAUGGUCUUAAGAAGGAAUCAUGUCAAUGUCAUAGGUCCAAGAUGAAAUUGGUAAUCAUGUGAAAAUUCUGGAAAGGUUGAACAAAAAUUCUGCACUACAUUCCCUUUGUUUCUUUACUGAUGAAGAUGUACCACUGAUCUUAUCCUUUCUUACUGAUUGCAGCAAGUGCUGAGAUUUUUGAUGCACAGGUACCAAUUUAUGUAAAAAGAAGUGUUUAUAUUUUGUUUUUAAUAAAUGUAGAUUUGAAGGUCA